AUGCAGUCGCUCAACAUCACCCCGGAGCAGUUCUCCCGGCUGCUGCGGGACCACAACCCGACACGGGCGCAGUUCAUCGCGCUGUACGGGCUGCGGCCGCUGGUCUACACCACGCAGCAGCCUGGGCGCGCCAAGCUGGCCUUCGUGCUCACCGGCGUGCUCAUCUUCGUCCUGGCGCUCUUUGGCAACGCGCUGGUGGUCUACGUGGUGACCCUCAGCGAGGCCAUGCGCACCGUCACCAACAUCUUCACCUGCUCCUUGGCGCUCAGCGACCUGCCCAUCUCCUUCUGCAUCCCGGUCACUAUGCUCGAGAACAUCUUCAACAACUGGCUGGGGGAUCUCUCCAUCCAAUUUCAGACGAGAAAGAUUCACAAGCUCAGAGUGCCCCAUUGAAGAAGAAGGACCUUGUUUUCCCUGGUGCAGUUUCCACAGUCAACAAAUCAGAAUCCGCUUCAGCUGGCUGUUUCCAGCUCAGGAUCUCUCAUGAGGAUUUAGUUCAAAUGUCAGCCAGGGCCGUAUCCAUCAGAAGGCUCGACUGGGGCUGGAGGAUCCACCUCUGAACUUACUCACGUGGUUGUGAGCAGGAGUUUUUCCCCAUGUGGACUGCGGCUCACCUUAUGGCAGCUGGCUUUCCCCAGAGCGAGUGAUCCAAGAGAGAGGACAAGGGAGAGUGCAAGCAGGAAGCUACAGUGUGUUUUAUCACUUAGCUUUAGAAGGGACCUGUCAUCACGUCUGCUGUACGCUGUCAGCGACAUAGAUCAACUCUGGUGCAAUAUGGGAGGAGACUCCA